UCAAAUUAGGGAACUAGCAAAGAUGACUGUGUCCACUUGUGUCUCCACAGCUAAGAAUAGUGGCCGAGUCCUCAUUGUUGGGGCUACCGGACUCAUUGGCCAGUUCAUCGCAGACGCUAGCCUUCGUGCCGGCCGGCCUACCUACGUUCUACUCCGGCCUGGCUUCGGUAAUAACCCUUCCACCAAACCUGCUACUCUCAAGGUUUUUCAAGAUAAAGGAGCCACACUUGUGCAUGGUUUAAUUAAUGAGAAAGAAACGAUGGAGAAGAUAUUGAAGGAGCAUGAAAUUGAUGUGGUUAUAUCUGCUGUUGGUGGGGCAAACAUCUUGGACCAGCUCAUCCUUCUUGAGGCCAUAAAAAAUGUCGGAACCGUCAAGAGAUUUUUGCCGUCGGAGUUUGGGCACGACGUGGACAGGGCGGACCCGGUGGAACCAGGACUAACAAUGUACAAAGAGAAGAGGAAAGUGAGGCGAGCAGUGGAGGAAUCCGGUGUGCCUUACACUUACAUUUGCUGCAACUCCAUUGCAUCUUGGCCCUACUUUGACAACACUCAUCCUUCCGAGGUUCUUCCGCCCUUGGAUCGCUUCCAAAUCUACGGUGAUGGCACUGUUAAAGCUUACUUUGUUGCUGGGAUCGAUAUUGGAAGGAUAACAAUGAAGACAGUGGAUGACGUCCGAGCCAUGAACAAGAAUGUUCAUUUUCGACCAUCAUGCAAUUAUUGCAACAUAAAUGAGCUGGCUUCACUUUGGGAGAAAAAGAUUUGUAGAACUCUUCCAAGGGUUACCAUUACUGAAGAUGACCUACUUGCUGCAGCUGCAGAGAAUUGCAUACCGGAGAGUAUAGUGGCGUCAUUCACCCAUGACAUAUUCAUCAAAGGGUGUCAGAUAAACUUUUCCAUUGGUGGCCCCAGUGAUAUUGAAGUUGGAACUCUCUACCCAGAUGAAACUUUCAAGACUUUGGAUGAGUGCUUCACUGACUUCCUUAUGAAACUCAAGGACAAAUCUACUGAUGAAGUUUCUACCAAAAAUCAUGUGGUUGAACACAUCCCAAUCGCUGCAACAUGUUCUUGA